AACGUACAAAAGCACAAAAUCUAAAUAUAGUAGCUAUAGUAACUGACAGUGCAUCAUCUUAUGCCUCGGCACGACACAAAAUACGAUUAGAAAGGCCAGAUCUUGUGUUCCUGCCAUGCUUUGCACAUCAGGCCAAUCUUUGCAUUGGUGAUAUUUUCAGAUAUUCAUCAGAAUACAAAUGUACAGCAGACAUAACAUUUUGGAAAAAUGUUGAUGAGCUUGCCGAUUGUUUGCUGCUAUUUUAUGAGGAUGAAACUGGUGGAUUUGCAGUUAUAUUCAAUUUACAAUUUCGAGUUCAUGCUUUAUCAAGCCAAGUUUUUUUUAGCCUUGAACGAAUAUCUAGCUGGACUGAAUAUUAUUAUGAAAAGUGGUUUAAUGAAAAACCAAAACAUUUUAAUAAUACUCUUGAAGCGAUUUCAGAAGAACAUAAUGUACAAGGUAAGAUGGCAAAUAAUGUAGUUAGGCUUGCACUACUGUGGUAUUGGGAGUUCGCUGCACUUAAUCUAAAAGAAAUCAGCAUGGUUGCACAAAGGCUGUUCAGCAUUAAAGUCAAUUCAGCUCCAUGUGAACGACUUUUUUUUCGCAUGGGGUGGUUUUAUACUUCUCAACGAUGUCGCUUUAAG